AUAGGGAAAGCAGCACGGGAAAGCUUCCGCUGUCAUUUCUACUUUAGGUACCUACCUUAGGUUAGGUACAUUUGGAACUUGUCAUUUUGCGACACGUUGGCACCUUUGAUCCAGCAUCAACGACGCAAUUAAAUCCCAAAGCCAUGAUUUCGAGAAGAUAAUCCCGUCGAUAUACGUAGCCAUGUCAUCGUCUGUUUCCGCAACCCGACACGAUGGCAUCUCAUCCGAAGCUAAACCGGCUGCAGCGAUUGAUAGCGGAAGUUCUAAGAUAAACGACUGCGCAAACCCGCCGUUGACGCGAAAACAGCCACCGCCGGAGAAGCCAGAAGACAUCCAUAGACGGUCCUACAUCGUCGCAUCCUUCUGGUUUAUUGUACUCUUCUUGGGGCUGCCAAUAUGGUGGAAGACGACGACGAUAUAUCGGGCAGAUCUACCCUUAGGCCAGAUGAUGGAUUGGGCCGACGGCAGAGCCUGCAGUCCAGUAUUCCCGAUUAAAAUCGCAAUCGAUGCGCCGACCUUACAAAAAGACGAAACCGAUAAUCUCGUGCGCAUUACACAGCAAGCCCUGGAGUCUAACAACGACUUUAAAGGACACCAUAUACAGCUCGAAGUAUCCCCACCAGCUAGUGCACGCCCAAUCCACGAUUCGGACACUGCUCUCACGGUACGACUAAGUCCCGGCGACGCUGCUACAUCCUCCCUCCAUUCUCAAGCGCCCGUCCUCGAAAUCACCUAUCCUCCAAACUCGAUACCAGCACCCGAUGCUGCUUCUUCCGGCUUUGCGACAUACUUGGCAACGCAGCUUCGAUUGGCCUUCGCUGAAGAGCGGGAGGUUAUGUCAUAUCUCUUAGCAAAGUCUUCCAUACCCUUCGAACAACGGCCUCUAGAAGCCUCUCAAGACUCGGCCGACUCUUUAGCGAAGCGAAUGACAAGAUCCCUGAAAUACUCUCGGACCUACCAUCUCACAUUUUCGUUAUUCACAAGCGGACCAUCUCCGAGCAGCUGGGAUAUCGAGUCUGCUAUAGACGAAUACAUGAAACCGAUAUUGGAUUUGCUCGGACCUAUCCACAACUUUACCAUCGACACCCAAGUUCAGCUAUACGCCGCUCCCGGUGUGCAAUCGCAAGUACUAAGCAAAGAAGAUCUGUCUUCUUUCAUCAAUGCUGCCGAAUGGCCACUGUCGCCCUCUAUAGGAGGUGCUCCAACGGUCAAUUUCGUUGUAUUCAUCGGCAACCAAACCAUCGGAACCGCCUCGGAGGUCGGUACUUCCCAAUCUUGGCUUAUACCGCAAUGGGGUUCCGUAUAUCUCUUACCACCCCCUUCCACAAAUCAUGUGUCUUCAGAAAUAUUGAAGCAACCUAUCCUAACAUUCGCCUCACAUCUACUUUCGCUCCUCGGCACACCGCAAUCGGGAUCCUUACCCAUGCGACUAUCGACGCUCACGCGCAUCCGAUCUGCAGACUUGCUCUUGCGUGCCUCCUCUUCUCUAGGGUCGCUGGCUCGUCUCUCAUUGGCUCUGCCGAGCAUAUCUAUCCCGUCCAGUGUCGCCGACGGCGUGGCUGAGUCUAUGUAUCACCUACAACUCGCAUGCUCCAACCUUGGUGGAACUGACGGCCUUGAACACGCCCGCAUUGCUGACGUCGAGGCCGAGCGCGCAUUUUUCGAGAAGAGUAUGGUAGGACAACUUUAUUUCCCCGACGAGCACAAGAUUGCUGUUUAUCUGCCACUGCUAGGCCCUGUAGGGGUGCCUCUGGUUAUUGGCCUGUUGAACCAGAUCAAGGCCUGGAAGAAGGCGAGGGCGGAGAAAGCGAAGAAACCAUGAACGAUUUUCGUGACGAGAAAUAAGUAAUACGGAAUAGAACCGGGCAUAUAAACGCUCCGGUAUAAUUAAAGCAUUACCAACGUAUUACCA